AUGUUGGACAUCGCAGGUCUUGAGCUAAACCGUGGGCCAACCCAUCAAAAGAAUCGCAUAUUUGUGGGAAAUUUGCCCGCUUGCACCCGCGAGGAACUCGCUCAGAUUUGCACAGUAUUUGGAAGAGUUGUGGGUUCGAUGAUCCGGGGAAACCACGGAUUCGUGAUGUUUGAGACCGAAAGAAAGGCAAACGUAGCGACUCUGGCUCUUCACGGAUCGCUGUUCAAGUCGAAAAUUCUGUUGGUCCACAAUGCCAAUUAUGAAUCGAUGGAGGAACAUGGAUAUGGACCCGAGCAGGAGGAGACCGAUAUUGUAGUGCAAGCCGAGACCGAUUCUUCGGGUCAGGAACAGAUUUCCGAUUGCAUAAUCAUCAAGCUGGACUCGGAACAUUCUCAAUUUGCCACUGACUUUCAGGAUGAGCUGAUCUCUAAGGGAUUGGUCGUGGAAGUGCGUUGCCCGUACCAAGAGCCCUAUUCAUGUUUGGAGGAGUUUAUAAAAGCUCUUGACAGCUCAUACGCUAUAGUCGUAGGUUCCAAGGAACAGGACCUUAUCAACGUGACUGUGCACUUUUUAUACGAGAAACGAACUGAGCAUCCCAACUUGUCGAGAUUGCUGAUACUGCUCCUGGCCAGAACCAAGAAUAAAUCCAGGACCAAGAGGAGGACCGAGGACCAAGGACCAAGGACUACGGACAAGACAAAGAUGCGGACGCGGAUGAAGACGCAUCAUCAGCAUCAGAAUCAUCAGGAGCAGGCGAAAGAUUGUGGCAUCCUUCAAGUGGAUUGCUGA